AUGCGCCGCUGCUGCCCGGCGCUCUGCAUCCGCACCGCCAUCGACGCCACCGCCAUCGACGCCAGCACCGACAUCUCCGCGGCCCUCGUCCCCGUCCCGCCUGCCGCCGUGUCCCGCCCGCCGCUGCUGGUGCUGGUGCUGCUGCAGCGCCGCCCCGCGCCGCCCGCCCCCGCGGCCCCGCCGCACAAGAUGGCGGCCGGAGGGAGCGGCGGCCCCGGCGGCCUCUCCUCCUCCUGCCCGCAGCCGCCGCCGCCCCCGCCGGGCAACGGCGCCGCGGCCGCCGCCUGCACCAACGGCGCGCCCGCCUCGCCGCCCGGCCUCACCUACAACCAGAGCGGCGCCGCCAACCCGCCGGCGGCCGGCGGUGGCGCGGGGGGCCCGGCGGCAGCGGGGGCGGCGGGGGCAGCCGGCGGGGCGGGCGGUCCUGGCGGGGCGCUGCAGCGGGAGCCGGUGUACAACUGGCAGGCGACGAAACCGACGGUGCAGGAGCGGUUCGCGUUCCUCUUCAACAACGAGGUGCUCAGCGACGUGCACUUCCUGGUGGGGAAGGGCCGCGGCUCCCAGCGCAUCCCGGCGCACAGGUUCGUGCUGGCCGUGGGCAGUGCCGUCUUUGAUGCAAUGUUUAAUGGUGGGAUGGCCACAACCUCCACAGAGAUUGAGCUGCCUGACGUGGAGCCUGCUGCCUUCCUAGCUCUGCUCAAAUUUCUUUACUCAGACGAAGUUCAGAUCGGACCAGAGACUGUUAUGACAACACUUUACACAGCUAAGAAAUAUGCAGUUCCAGCCCUUGAAGCUCAUUGUGUGGAGUUUCUUAAAAAAAACCUCAGAGCAGACAAUGCAUUCAUGCUCUUAACUCAGGCCCGGCUGUUUGAUGAGCCCCAGCUGGCCAGCCUGUGCCUGGAGAACAUAGACAAGAACACCUCAGAUGCCCUCAAUGCAGAGGGGUUUACAGACAUUGACCUGGACACCCUGGUGGCAGUGCUGGAGAGGGACACCCUGGGGAUCCGGGAGGUUCGCCUGUUCAAUGCCGUGGUGCGCUGGUCGGAGGCCGAGUGUCAGCGGCAGCAGCUCCAGGUGAUUCCAGAGAACAAGCGGAAGGUUCUGGGCAAAGCUCUCUCCCUUAUCCGCUUCCCACUGAUGACUAUUGAGGAGUUUGCAGCAGGGCCUGCCCAGUCGGGGAUCCUGACGGACCGGGAGGUGGUGAGCCUGUUCCUGCACUUCACGGUGAACCCGAAGCCGCGGGUGGAGUUCAUCGACCGGCCCCGGUGCUGCCUGCGGGGCAAGGAGUGCAGCAUCAGCCGCUUCCAGCAGGUGGAGAGCCGCUGGGGGUACAGUGGGACAAGUGACAGGAUCAGGUUCUCAGUAAACAAAAGGAUAUUUGUGGUUGGGUUUGGAUUAUACGGAUCCAUACACGGGCCAACAGAUUACCAAGUAAAUAUACAGAUCAUCCACACAGACAGCAACACGGUCCUGGGGCAGAACGACACCGGCUUCAGCUGUGACGGAUCGUCCAACACCUUCCGGGUCAUGUUCAAGGAGCCUGUUGAGAUUUUACCCAACGUCAACUACACAGCCUGUGCUACUCUAAAGGGUCCAGAUUCCCACUAUGGAACCAAAGGACUGCGCAAAGUGAUCCAUGAAUCACCAACAACGGGAGCCAAAACCUGCUUUACGUUCUGUUACGCGGCUGGGAACAACAACGGCACCUCCGUGGAGGAUGGACAAAUCCCAGAGAUCAUCUUCUACACAUAGUGCCACUGCCAGCCCGCCCUGGACUCGACUUUUCCCUGUCGCCUCCCAAACUAAAUCUCUGGCUGAGUUUGACCACACCAAUUGGAGCCACACUAGCCAAAGGUCACAGUGAAAUCAUUUCAAAGCUCAUGUUCUGCCUUGUGCUAGUGCUGCUGCUGCUCUCAGGUGCCAGGCCAGCUGGUGUCCCAGUGCAGGCCAGCUGGUGUGCCAGUGCAGCCCAGCUGGUGUCCCAGUACCAUUUGUAGGUUGUCUGUGGCUUGUUGUUUUUCACCUCCUGAUUAACCCUAUCUAACAACGUGCGUUUUUUGGACUGUAAUGAAUGUAGAUGCUUUUCCACGGGUCAGAAACAAGGUAAUGAGUGGCUCUGGUUGUGGUUUCACUUGCCAUGAGGAGAUGGUCCUACAGACAGACUCGGUCAGGGCUGGGUGGCCUCUGCUCUGCUCCAGCUCAGCAGUCCAGGCCAGACUGCAGGGCUUGGCCAGCCUGUGUCCAGCACCUUCCCUCCCUCCCAGCAGCCUCAGCACACAGAGCCACCUUCAAAAGUCAUGGAAAGUGGCCUUUUCCCUGGGGCUUUGCUGUUCCAGCACUAUACAGGCUCGGAGACCUCAAAGCUGAGCUCCUCUGGAGGGACCGAGGCAUUUUCCUGCUCUUCUCACCGAUCUGUGACAAUCUUCACCUCGGGCAGCUGGUGGCAGCGAGGUGACCUCCCUGCAGAGUGGUAAGGGGCAGCAGCCUGGCUGGGCAGGUCCUCCUGCAUUCUGAGUCCCCGUGGUGCUGCUUCCACACCCCUGGCACGUCCCAAGCGCUGGUGAUGCUCAGCUCAGCCCUGAGCAGCCCCAGCUCUGUUGUUACUGGUCGUUGUCCUUUGCAGGGUGCCAGGGUUUGUCAGUUGAAGCAGAAGGGCACCUGCCUUACCUGUUCCAGGGCAUUCCUGCAGUUUCCAUGCACGUUUCCAUGUGUUUCCCUCUGUUCCUGUGCAUUGCUGCCUCAGCCCUGCUGCCCUGAUGGAAGCAGGAAGAGGGGCUGGAUGUGCACCUGCCUGUUACCUAUAAUGCAGCAGAUGGACAAGGAUUUACCAAAUGGUUCAGGAAAAUGUGGAAUAUUCUCCAUGCUGGUGUGUGUUUGCACACUGCCUGUUGGCCAGGCACAGGAGGGAGAUCACAAACAUCACCUGUUGAGCUGUGGAGCUCGGUGACCUUGAAGAUACCCCUUGUUCAGGGCCAGCUGCUUUUUCCCGUGGCUGUCAGAGAGGGUGGCUGCUCCUGAGCUGCCUGACCAGCCCCACCCUCGCUGCCCACGAGUGAAGACCACGAGACUCUUCCUCCCCUAUUCUGCAGAAGAAGCUGAAAUUAAGCUCAGCCUGGCAGAAAGACCGGAGCCACCAGAGUCUGUGUGGGACUGGUUGGGGUGGUGCUGCCUCAGGGCCCCUUCUCUGACCUCCUGUUCCAGCCAUGGAGCCAUUGCCACUCUCUGGGCAGCUGCUGCCACUGGAUUUCACUGCUGAAGUCGAAACCUGGCUGUCCUUGGCUGGAGCACGGCUCCUCCUCCUCCUCCUCCUCCUCCCGCUGCCCCAGCCGGGAUCCUGGGGCUGUGCUGGCUGGAGUCUCCUCCUCAGCUGUGCAGCAGCAGCCCAGAAUGGGCUGGGAAUGCCCUGCAUCUCCUCACCAGUAGCUGUUAGAGAUGCCCAGAGUGUGUUCCGUGCUCCAGAGAGAUGGUGCGAGCUGUGUAUUGUCAGCCUGCUUCCAGGUGGGAUGGUUCUAAUAUGGCCAGUACUAAAAAAAUAGAAAAAAAAUCCCAACCCUGGCUCCAUGACCUGGUGACUGAACUCGACUCUGUGCAAUGCAAAAAGAUGGACUCACAGCCCAGGCUCUGUGUCUGUCGGGCUGUCUGUGACUCUGCCUGCUCCUGUCACACCCCCCUCCCAAAGGUGGUGGGAAUGUCACUGCUGGCAGCCAGGGCCCGUGCUGGGGCUGCACCUUCCCCAGGGGCUCUGAUCUGGGUUCUGCACCUCGGGGUGUCCAGUACAGGUGGAAAGGGUGGAAUAAUAGGAAUUUGAGAGAGGCAGAGCUGUGCACUUGGCUUUGAGAAAAGCAGGGCUGGGGCAGGCCCUGCCCAGCUACAGGGAGAGCCUCCCGCUGGCUGUUCCCUGGAAGUUUUGUUCUCUUUAUUAUUUUGUUACGCAAAUUCUCGUCUCAAAUCCCACCUUCCUGCCCUCCCUGCGUGGGGCAGGUCUGGCAGCUUGUCCUGUCACAGAGGGAGAGGAGUCAAACUCUGAACUACACCUGAGCAACUUCUGUUCUUACGGCUUUUCUGCAGUUUGAUGCAAUUCUGGCUUUUGUAGAUAGAUGAAUGUAAUUCCUUGUUGGACAUGCCUGUUCCCAGAAGUAUGAGCCAUUCUGUUGUACCACGUCACCUUCCGAGCAGAGCGGGCCCGGCCUGGCUCCUGUGCUAUUUGAUGAAUGUAUCCGAUGCUCUUGUCCCGUGUUCACACUCUGCUUUUUGGCCAGCUUUGUGAUUUGUAAAUAGGAAAACAAUAAAGACAUUGAGGUUGUCUUUA